ACGAUAGCACCGUUUGCCAACGAAGCUAACAUCGCUUGCGACAGUCAGGUGGGGUCGAAGGGAGAUAAAUCGAGAGGCUGCCUAUAUCUCUAGGGGACAGCGGCUUCAGUCGCAAACGAACGAUACACCAGUCCACACGCACUACUUAAUCCCUUGAGAGUUUUAAAGAUAAAGCAUCGAGAUGUGGGAUGACGUGGUAGAGGAAGAGAAACCGAAGGAGGCGCCAGCAGGUGAUGCCGCUGCCCCUGCCGCUGAUGCUGCACCGGCGGCCGAUGGAGCUGCCCCCGCUGAGGGUAAAACCGAGGUCGCUGAUACUCCUGCACCACAGAAGCCCGAAGAUGCAGAUAAGCCGAAGAGGCUUGUUUGCAAACAUUGGGUCAGGCCGAAAUUCUCACAAUACAACUAUCUCUACGAAUUCCAAAAGAAUUACUACGAUGAUCUUAUCAACUACAUAGACAGACGCAACAGAGGACUACCCGUGGAGCGACCGAAGCCCCAGACGUGGGGUGAACGGGCCCUCCGCAGCUACUACUACUCGCAUGACUACAACUAUGACGUCGCUAGAUCGACAAACCAGGACAGAUAUCUACUCCAUCACAUCUCCGUUGGUGCUAAAUUCCACCGAGCCCACACCAAGUCCCUUAUCGCUAGGAAGUAUUCCAACCUCGGGUUUAACACCGUAUACCUCUAGCUUCGCUUUUACAACCCCGCUUGACGUUGCUUCGCGGACCCCACACGAACGCUCUUCGUGACCUUACAAUUCAUGUUACAGGAUCUCGUUGUCGUGAGUC